ACAUUUGUUUCCAAGUUCCUCCGUUCACUCGUUCACGGGGAGCUACUUUUCUUUCCUGACGCCAGACGGGCACCUCAAAGACCGGUGUACAAGGUGUUGACGAGCGAGCUAUCCUCGAGAUUCUGGACAAUGGCGAACUCAAGCCAUUUCGAUGCGUCGUCGGUCAGUACCAAAGCAACACGCAACUUCGACUCCACUGUCGCCUUCGAUGUACCACAGAGGAAGCCCUUGAAAGUGAACCCCCUCCUUGCCGCUCUCAAUAUCGUUAUAUCGUUUGGACUUAUAGCUGCCCUUAUUGCCGGUUACUGCAUUGGACUUCGGAUCUUCGAUCUCGGAGUCACCUCAAUUGGCUUGUACGGAGCGAUUCUUAUGUCUGAAUACCUCCUCCAACUCGGUUGUGCAAUCAUCAAUCGUUUCGAUGUUAAUCGUAUCGCUAAAAAACGGGCGAAGGAGGUGGCCGACUGCGAAAAGGGAACCAACAACUCUUCACCAAAUCCCGUUCUCAACCCUGGCGGCGAAGUUUCUAUAGCCGUUGUUGGCUAUCGCGAGGACGAGCAAGCGUGGAGACAAUGUCUCCGCAGUCUACAGACGCAAACGCUCCGGCCAAAGUGUGUCAUCGGUGUUGUCGACGGCAACGACGAACCAGAUCUGAGCAUGGCAAACGCCUUCGUUAGCGAGUUCGAAUCGUACAACAAAGCUCCUCUCAUCCAUCUGCCUCUACUGCUUUCGGAUCUGCACCGCGACACGUACUUUAAUACCGUACCCCCGGACAAUCGGAAUUUCCUGGUCAAAUUCUGGCACUAUCUCGUCGGUGGCCAUCGGGCUGGCCAUGCAGAAGCAUUAGCUCGAGCCAGGCAGGUGGUGAUUGAUCAGGUGCUUGAAUGGAACGACAAAUGGAAUAUCAGCAGCCUCGAGGCCGUCUGCUUCAGUCAGCCCCAUGGCCACAAGCGCACCGCCAUGUUCACCGCCUUCGCUAUGAGCAUGUACGCUGUCCGCACUCGCGACGCCGUCUUCACAACAGACUCCGACACUCUCGUCCGACCCGAUGGCCUCGAUGAAAUGCUGGCAUUGCUUCGCUCCUCCCCCAGCAUCGGAGGCGUCACAGCGGACGUCAAGAUAUGGAACCGCCGCGAGUCUCUGCUCGCCCGCAUGUGUGCAGCGCGAUACUGGUUCGCCUUCAAUAUUGAGCGCGCUUGUCAGUCGCUCUGGCGCUGUGUCGGCUGCCUGUCCGGGCCUAUGAGCAUGUAUCGCACCUCCGAUCUUGAAACCAUCCUGGGCCCAUGGAAUUUGCAGACAUUCGGUGGUAAGCCAACCACCUUUGGCGACGACCGCCACUUGACCAACCAACUACUGGGUCACGGUCUCAAGACGCGCUACACCCAUCGCACAUGGUGCGACAGUGAGUCCCCAACUGUAUUCGGGCGUUGGGUCACGCAGCAGACGAGAUGGAGCAAGUCUUUCUUCCGCGAGGCCUUCUGGUUCCCGGUCAGCUUUGUCUACCACUCCCCCUGGUUGCUUGUCGAAACUACUAUACAGACGCUGUACCCCUUCAUCCUGAUCGUCACCAUCUUCCAUUUCCUCUUCGACCCCUCGGGCGGCAGCGAUUGGCGUCCUGUCAUCUGGCUCGUCACCAUGUUCGGCGUCGCAUUAUUCAAGUCCAUUCUGGCUGUGCUCAUCAGCUGGGAUUUGUGGCUGCUUCUCUUCAGCGUUUACGGCUUCAUCUACUUUUUUGGUCUACUGCCAUCCAAGGUAUGGGCUCUGAUUACCAUGAACCAGACCGGCUGGGGCACCUCGGCGCGCUCUUCGACCGAACGUAAACGCGGACAAUCAUUUAUGCAGCGCUCAUUCCAUGUCGGGCAUCUGGUCAUCUGGUACACGGCCGUUUUCGUCGGUCUCGGCUUUUUCAUUCAAAGGAUAUUCGGAAACCCUUGGUUCUGGCUCAUUGGUGCCAUUGCGCUCAUACCUUCCGUCCUGCUCUACUGGGAUCCACUCGAAGCCUUCGCAGGACUGAAGCAGAAGUUGUUUCCAAAGAAGCAAUCCGAGUCCGAGAAAGCCAACGAUUUCUUCGUCGACGAGUCAGAGCUUCCCUUGAAGCCAAUCCCGGCGCACAAGCUUUCAGCGCAUUCGUCCUUCAUUUCAGCGAAGAGAAGUUCAGACGGCACGAUGCACGGCACGCCGGCUAUGUCUAUAAGCGGUGUGACAAUGGUUCCCGAUACCCGACCCAACUCCUCGCCUUUCAACAGACCUUGAUCGAAUCUUUCUUCUAUUUAACGUAUAUAUGGAUUCAUCCGUGACGGAAAACCGCCGUAGCGGGACGACAUUCUCUUCUUCUCCUUCCGAUAUGUGACUAGGCGGCUUCAUGGGGUUAUAGACAUCUUCUUAAUUUAAUUCAGCUAAUACUAUU